UCCCGAGAACUCCCCGCAGCUACAGGUGCCACGCGGGCGGCUGGGAGAGGCAGCAGCGCAGCGGCGGGAACCGCAGCCCGGCGGCCCGUGAACCUCCCGGGUCAGAGCCGCUGCGGGGCUGGGGAACCUGAGGGAAGCCGACCUGAAGUGCUUAGUUUCUCUGCUGCUCUUACAGCAGCCUGCUCUGAAACUCUGCUGUGGAUGUCUCGCCCUGACCGAGAAGGUUUACAUUAUUUCAACAAGAGUUCCAGUCUUUGUUCCUGAGACAGAAAGUCAGAGACGAGUGACAGAGCAAAAUGGCUGCUUCUCCAGUAAAUGUGCCCCAGGGUCUGUUGACAUUAAGGGAUGUGACUGUGGACUUCUCCCAGGAGGAGUGGGGAUGCCUGGACUCUGCUCAGAGGGCUUUGUACAUUGAUGUGAUGGUGGAGAAUUACAGCAAUCUAGUCUUUGUAGAGAACCAUCGCAUAAGUGGAAAAUAUGAAAAAAUCCUCCAUCAAGGCACAAAGCAUAUUGACCAUCAGCAUGUGAAUAUCCAAGAGAAGUCGUAUAACUGUAAUGAGUUUGGCAAAAUGGUUCAUGAAUCCUCCCAAUGUACACCAUAUGACACACGUGAUACUGCAGAAAACUGCAGUGUGUGCAGAUAUGGUAAAUACAAGGAUGCUUCUGUUGAGUCUUCAACCAUAAAUAGAUAUAAAAGUUGGGACUCUAGAGAAGAGCCUUACAGGUUUAAAGACUGUGUAUACUGUUUAAAUCUAUUUCCCAUCAUCAGUCAAAAUCAAAGAAUCCAUUCAUGCAUCAGUAUACACCAGAGUAAUCAUUCUGGAGAAAAACCCCACAAAUGUAAGGUUUAUGGCAAGUGCUUUCAUCAGUUGUACCAGGUCAAAUACCAUUACAAAGCCCAUAUUGGACAGAAACCUUAUAAAUGCAGUGAAUGUCACAAAUGUUUUAGCCAACUCACACACCUAAGAUGCCAUCAAACAAUUCAUACAGGGGAGAAACAUUACAAAUGUGAUGAAUGUGGAAAAAACUUUAGCCAACUGACAUAUUUAAGAACCCAUCAGAGAAUUCAUACAGGAGAAAAACCUUACAAAUGCAGUGAAUGUGAGAAAUCCUUUACAUGUUGCUCAGGCCUUAGAAAACAUCAGAGGAUUCAUACAGGAGAAAAACCUUACAAAUGUAGUGAAUGUAAGAAAUCUUUUACCAGUGGCUCAGAUCUUAGAAGACAUCAGAAAAUUCAUACUGGAGAGAAACCUUAUAAAUGCAGUGAAUGUGACAAAUGCUUUAUUCAGAAAGUCCAACUUAGAAUACAUAAUAGAAUUCAUACAGGAGAGGAACCUUACAAAUGCAGUGAAUGUGUCAAAGUCUUUACACAUCUCUCAGGUCUAAGAAAACAUCAGAAAAUUCAUAGUGCUGAAGGAAAGUUUCUAUUUGUAAAGAAUAUAGCAUGUGCUUUAUCCAAGUUCUGCUCUUAAAAACCAUUGCAUGCUCCACACUAGAAAACCAUUAUGAACAUGAGAAAUUUCUGAAAUCCUCUAAGUAAUGUUCACAUCUUAGAAAAUACCAAGGGUUUACAUUGAGGAAAAAUUAUUGAAAUGUGACAAUAUAUGAAAUACUUUAUUAAACAUUCUACCUUUUAAACCUCAAAUAUUUCAUAAUCAAGACAAUCUGUAAAAGCCUGAAGAAUAUGCUGUUUGUGUAGCAGUUUCCUGGAGACUGAAAUGUCCCUUCUAAAGAGAAACUGAUAAAGGCAGGAAAUAUAAUUCCCAAAUGGUUUCAUGAAGUCCAUUAAACUGACACACUUCCAUCUUCUUAACUCCCAUGAAGAAACUCAGAGUACAUGCUAUUUAGUAGAAGUGUUGACAGACUGAACCACUGAAAUAGUAUGCCUUUUAAGCAGUAAAUAUGACUGCAUUUAUACAGUGUGCUUCAGGUGUCCAGUGCUUAUAAGUUGUUUGGCAUGUUGGGUUGGAGUUUCCUGACAGCAACUGUCUUUGAGUCCAUUCUGCUGCUAUGUAGACACAAUAAAGACUCAUUGGGUCAACAAGAUGGACUUAGAUGGUAUGCAUACUUUUUUGUCAGUUCCCAGUCCAGGAAAAGUCUCUUAUACAUGUUCUGGAUCUGUUAAUUGUUCUAUCAUGUUCAGCAGAAAAUUAAUAUUAAAGAGAAAGCAUUUGAUCAAUGAAAGUAGGGAGGAUUCUAUGUGCUUACUUCUCCAGGCUUUUUGCUACAGUAAUAUUUGGUCUUGUUAAAAGGGCUCAACAUAGACAGAAUAUAGAGGCUUAGCAAAGCCAAAGAGUGGAAGCUACUCUCUUUACUGCAAGAGAGAGUGAGAGGUCGAUGGGGGAAAAAUAAAAUAUGGUUACAAAACUGUCAGUGACAGACAUAGUCCAAAUUGGGCUAUGUCUAUGCAUUGCUCGGAACUCAUACUUAGCAUCUGUGGUUCAGUAAAAAAGUAAUUCCCCUCAGUACACUACUGCCUGUGAACAAAUACUGAUUGUCAUCAUGCAUUCCUUAUGUCCUGCUGUGCCAUAGAAACUCAAUCCUAAAAGCCCUAAGAUCUUAAUUGAAUUUUGUUAAAACCUUUAUUCAAUGCUAAUAUUGUAGACAUAUCAGAAAAAACAUGAAAUAAAAUCCAGGAAAAUGUAUUA